AUGUCGACCGUGGAAGCGAAGGAGGCUCUUGCGCUCCCUAUCAGAAAGCAGAUUUCGGACUGGACAUCAGUCAAGCACCAUCUCGAUCAAUGCGAUCACGAUCACCCCGAUUGCAAAGCACCGCAUACCUCUUUACCCGUGGGGUUUCGCGUAGUGGAUGUCAACGAAAGGCGUAUUGUCAAGAUGCCCGAGGGUUGUCGGUACGUUGCCCUGAGCUACGUUUGGGGGCCCAAUCCCGAUCCAUCACUCCUCCUUACCACCGUAUCUACAUUCUCGUCGUAUCAACAAAUCGGGGGCUUGAAUGCUCUCAAAAUGCCAAGGACCAUCGAGGACGCGAUGCGGGUGUGUAUCCGACUAGAAGAACGGUAUCUGUGGACCGAUCGCCUUUGCAUCAUCCAAGACGACCCGAAUGACAAGAUGGAGCAGAUCCAAGCGAUGUCGGGAGUUUACUCUUCUGCUGCGUUCGUUCUCGUCGCUGUCGAUGGAGAUCAUAUGAAUGCAGGGCUGGCGGGUAUGGGUCAAGAUAGGCAGGACCAAAAAUACGAAAUCAUCGAUGGGUUACUGGUUACCCUCGUUGGGGAAAUUUACCUCCAGGCCGUUGCCACGUCUGGUUGUUGGACAUAUCAGGAGGCUAUCCUCGCGAAACGAAAGCUUUACUUCACCUCCUCCCAAAUCCAGUUUGAAUGCGAGAAUCAGAUUUGGCACGAGGAUCGGCUUUCAUUCGGGUUUGGGAAUCUCAAUAAGAAAGCCCCGGAAAACCAAACUCCUGCGUUCACGAUGGGGUUAUAUGGGGGGCGGCAUGUUCCUUUUGGCGAAUAUAUAAGGCGUCUACUCGCCUAUCGUGAUCGAAAUUUGUCUUAUUCAUCAGACACGUAUAACGCCAUUACCGGCAUCCUGAACGCACUAUAUGAUCGCAAUGACCUCCAUUUCGGUCUUCCGCUCCCCGAACUAGAACAGGCCUUACUCUGGCGAUGUCACCCGGGCACAAAUCCUUGUUCGCAACGAGUCAAAGAGCUUGUUGGCGGCAUUUACCUCGAGGAGGACGACUUUCAAGGUUCCUUAGUGUCAUGGUCGCUCUGUUCGUAUGAUAAGGAUGAUAAGGUCGUCGUUCUACCUGCCAAUAUUUGGAGUCAGCCUUUGUCAUGGAUGAAGAUUGCGGACUCAUGGACCAAUCGCCGAGUGUCCGCGCGUGUGUCGAUGGCUGUGGCUUGGAUGUCAGGUUGUUUCGAGUUACCUGUGCCAGAGGGAUCUUCAUGGGAGCAGAUCGGGUUUGAAGACUUGGAUAGAGUGUUGAUGGAUAGGUGGCCAACUUAUCGCGACUUUGCUGUGGAAGUCUUUACUUCUCUGACCGCCGAAUCAAGCAAUCCCCAUCCUUUGAAAACAGGGAUGUUCCCAGGAGCUCUUCGGGGCCAUGCGCAGGUCGCUCGUCUCAGAAUACUGAAUUCGCAUGCCACCCUUAGGGUUGUCGAUCUCGGUGGCAAUAGAAUAGGCGCCGUCAGCAAAUUGGAACCCCUCGUCCAAGCCGAAAUUCUCCCCCAAAUUGAACGUGGCGAGGACAUAUUCGAGUUCAUUGCAUUGUCCGUUGCGUUUGACACCACCUCCUUCAUCUAUUUUCCGCCCCCGUCGCGCCAUCUCGAUACCAGCGGCAAGUCCCUCGAGAGUGCUUUAACAGUCGCCGUCAUGGUCGCUGGUAGAAGGAAUGGCUGCAUGUACCGCACCUCCAUUGGUAAAGUUUACCUCCAAGAAUGGGUCAAUGCUAGCCCCAGAUUUGAAGACGUUGUGUUGAUGUGA